AGAGACGCUUUCCUCUUUUUUUUUUUUUUGUAAUUUUUUUUUCCAUGUGUUCACUUCCGGGUCCGGCGCCGAUCCGGAUGCCCGAGGCCGAAGGAUGUUUGACCUCCGGAUAAGCGAGGCGCCUCUGUGCAUUCAUUGCCGGCUGCAUCGGAGGCUCCAGCGGCGGCCCGGGCGGCGACUGUCCGGCCAGCGGCGGCGGUAGGAGGCACCGGCAGGAGUCCGCGCUGCGCUCCCUCCCUCCCUGCGUGGCUCGCUUUCCUCCUCCGGCCGCCUCCGCCGCGGCUGACGGACCGACCGAGGCAGGCCGGCCGGGGGCGCCGCCCGCACCACCCCGCGGCUCGCGGCCGCGCCUCUGAGGUAAAAGCCCCGGUCGGCGCGGCCGCUGCUCUGAGCUCUCCAUCAGGAAUCACUUCAUUCAAAAGAUCCUUUUGAAGACAUGUUUUGCUGAGAGGACAGUUGAUCGGGUUCUCACGAAUGGGAUGAACACGCCCCAGUUAGCUGCCCGCCUGCCGCGACCUGAAUGGUAGUGUUGCCCACCUGGUGCAGCGCCCUAGUGAUGGACCUGCUCUCACCAGACCCUAUUUCAGUGUGCUGGUCUUGAUUAAAGAAUUCAAAGUGGAGUACCGCAAACUUGAUAUGGAUAAUAAAAAGAAAGACAAGGACAAAGCGGAUGACAGGAUGGCACGGCCUAGUGGCCGAUCAGGACACAGUGCUCGAGGAACUGGCUCUUCUUCCUCUGGAGUUUUAAUGGUUGGACCUAACUUUAGAGUUGGAAAGAAAAUCGGAUGUGGCAAUUUUGGAGAACUACGAUUAGGGAAAAAUUUAUAUACAAAUGAAUAUGUGGCAAUUAAACUGGAGCCCAUGAAAUCCAGAGCACCACAGCUGCAUUUGGAAUACAGAUUCUACAAGCAGUUAGGAUCUGGAGAUGGUAUACCUCAAGUUUACUAUUUUGGCCCUUGUGGUAAAUACAAUGCUAUGGUGCUGGAACUCCUGGGGCCGAGUUUAGAGGACCUGUUUGACUUGUGCGACAGGACGUUUUCCCUUAAGACGGUUCUCAUGAUAGCUAUACAGCUGAUUUCCCGUAUGGAAUAUGUCCAUUCAAAGAACUUGAUAUACAGAGAUGUAAAACCUGAGAACUUCUUAAUAGGACGACCAGGAAACAAAACGCAACAAGUUAUUCAUAUUAUAGAUUUUGGUUUGGCAAAAGAAUAUAUUGAUCCAGAGACAAAGAAGCACAUACCAUACAGAGAACACAAAAGCCUUACGGGAACAGCGAGGUACAUGAGCAUAAACACGCACUUAGGAAAAGAACAAAGUAGAAGAGAUGAUUUAGAAGCUUUGGGCCACAUGUUCAUGUAUUUUCUAAGAGGCAGUCUUCCUUGGCAAGGCUUAAAGGCCGACACGUUGAAGGAGAGGUACCAGAAGAUCGGAGACACAAAGCGAGCCACACCGAUCGAGGCGCUGUGUGACAGUUUCCCAGAAGAAAUGGCAACAUAUCUUCGUUAUGUAAGAAGACUAGACUUCUUUGAAAAGCCAGACUAUGACUACUUAAGAAAGCUUUUUACUGAUUUGUUUGAUCGAAAAGGAUACAUGUUUGAUUAUGAAUAUGACUGGAUUGGUAAACAGCUGCCUACUCCAGUGGGUGCAGUCCAGCAAGAUCCUGCUCUGUCGUCCAACAGAGAAGCACAUCAGCACAGAGACAAGAUGCCGCAAUCCAAAAACCAGGUUGUAAGUUCCACAAAUGGAGAGUUAAAUACAGAUGACCCCACUGCAGGUCGUUCGAAUGCGCCCAUCACGGCCCCUACGGAAGUAGAAGUGAUGGAUGAAACCAACUGCCAGAAAGUGUUGAACAUGUGGUGCUGCUGCUUUUUCAAGCGAAGGAAAAGGAAAACCAUUCAGCGCCACAAGUGACGGGACGCCGCCGAUGGGCGUUGUUCUGAGCCCCUGCCCGCGUGGUCGCUCCCUCGGCCCUGCCCACGUGUGUGCGAGACUCGCUCUUAGGAACACGAGCGUUGUACUUUCAUACUUCACUUUGUGGUUGUCUUACAUUCAUAUUUUUUUUCUAAUUUUUAUGGAAGCUUUAAAGUUUUGUCGAAACAUGAGUGCUUUGCCCAUCGAGGAAUGGCACGGACCAAUGAGGUGGUGUUGAGAAAUACAGUUGCAUAGGACACUUUCCACAAGCCCUUCUGCCGUAGAACGCAGUGCGGUAGCUCAUGUGUUGGCCAGGUGUAUGCCGAAGCAGGGUUUUUGUGACUUCUGUAAGAGUGCAGACACCCGGGAAUUUUCAUCCCUGCAGUGGGUAAAGCAGAGGACGGCCAAGUUGCCCAAAUAUUUCAAAGACAUUGUUCCUCAAGAAGUUCUUCUGUGUGACAUCUGCGUUGAUCUCAGUAUUAUUGAUGGUACUGUCCUUCGUGGGUCACCCUAGCAUUCUCUGUGAAAUCAUGGUACAGUCAUGCCCGGAGGUACGGAGGAAGGCGCUCUUGGGGCUUGGCGGGCGGCAGCGGCACGGAGGCCACGGGCCACAGGCCACGGGCUGUGGAGCUCUUCUUCCGUUCCCCUGGGGGAAGAGUCAGUGGCACAGAAGGGGUGAGAUCGCUGAUUUUUUUAAAAGCGAAAUAUUUGUAAAAUGUAACUUUAUGCUUCCAGAUAACAGUGUGUGUUAGACAGCAAGCAGUGACUACUUUGGGAAGUGAUACAUGUUGGAGUCAAAAUACACUAAGGAGAAGGAGCGGGCGGGAGGUGCCGCUCUGCGGAGGGCCUGGCUGCCGCCGCUGGGUAGUGCCCUUCUCCCUUGGGCAGGAAACGUGGCUGGGCUGUGCACUAGUGUCUGUUUCUUCGUUAUUUUGCUCUUUGAUAAGGCCCCCAGCAAUAAAAACUGGGUCACUCUAUUGCCCUCUGUCCACA